AUGUCGGAGCUGUCACGAGAGAUCGGUGAAAUUUGGACUCGUUUAUUUGACCAUCGUCCAUUCUUAAACGGAGAAAUAAAGUUUAUGUUGAAGGAGUUUGAGGAAAAACGAGGAGACCGUGAAGUAGAGAACUUGUUUUCUAUAUUAGAAAACUUAACUGAUAUCAAAGAUACACAAAUUGAAAGAAUAAACAAAAGUGGUAAAACUGGUCUACCCAUUUUAAGUGAAAAGUUAAUGCAGGGCCUACAAUUGUGUGAAGAAAUAGAAAAGGAUUAUUCUCAAAUCCAACAGGUGUGUAAACAAAAACGGUGUGAAAAUCAAGAGAAAAGACAAAAGGAAUGGGAUCAGUUUAUUGAUGAUAUGAAUUUUAAAUGUCAAAGAAUUGAUAAUACAUUUGAAGAAAAAGAGGAAGAACUUAGAGAUUUAUAUGCAGACUUAAACCAUAAAUUAAACAUAACAAAUAAUAAUAUUAAAGACUUAAAUCAAAAAAAUCAAGAAUCUUCUAAAACUUGUGAUAACAUCGAUAAUUCGGUCAUUAAAGAAAACAAGAUGGGAGAAGAGGAGCUCAAAACAGAAAGUGAUAAAAAAGGUAGUCCUUUCCUGAACACUUGUGAUAUAGACUGGCUGUAUGCUCAUAUUAAUAAAAGAAGGAAGGAUGGUGAAAAAGAUGUCCCUUUUUUGCAUGUUCUAUUUGAAGGGUCACAUAUUGAGUUACCUCAGAAUGAAAUAAUCAUAAGGAAUCCAGUCUUAGAAGCUAGAUGCGUAAAACUAAGGGCUCAACAGGAAGCAAGGGAGUAUCGAAAAAUGACUAAAAGUGUUGACAAUGUUAGAAUGAGGUUCCCAGAGGAUAGUAUUAGCUAUCAGAUGAAACAACUCAAUCGACAACUGAUUGCUAUUGGACAAUUCAUUAUAUCGAUCUUUGCUGGUUUCCUCUUCGGAUUUAGAGGAGUAGAAUGGAUGGUUGGAAACCUUGAUUUUGGAUUCAGACUACUGCUAGGUGUUAUGUGUGCCUUAGUUAUUGCUUUGGCUGAAAUAUAUUUCUUGGCUAAGAAAUUAAAUGAAGAGUUAAAUGUGCCUGAAACGGUACAGCUAGGAGGACCACCUAAAUUUGUAAACGAACCUUACUUUGGAUAUAAAGAUAAGACUUCAACUAAUAAAGAACAUCAAGAUUAA